CAGAGCAGACUGUGCACACACCCCAUCACCCUUUGCAGCUGGACCCGAGCAAAGUAUCCCUUUUUGGGGAUUAAUCUACUUGUACCAUUAAUAAUGAUUGCUGUAGUUUUUUAGUUAAGGGCUUUUAAUUGCAUAAGAACUCCUUCUUCUCCUCCUCAGGCGUCUAUGCUGCGUUUCCUCAUGCGAAACAAAAUGGACAAGUUCAACAUUGUCAAAUUCUACGGAGAGGUCAUCGAGAAAUAUAGGAGAAGUCUUGUGUUUGAGGUUUUGGACAUCAGCCUCCAGGACUACCUGCUGGAGAUAGAUGGCCCUAUGACUAUGAAAGACAUCAGAAGCAUCAUCACACAGAUGGCCGUAGCACUCAGUGGUCUGAAGGAAAUUGGUGUGAUCCAUACUGAUGUGAAAUUGGACAACAUCAUGAUGGUGGAUCAUGAGACACAACCAUUCAAGGUGAAGCUCAUAGACUUUGGCUUGGCAAUUUUUAAAUCACAAGCCAAGCUGGGCUGGGCUCAUCAAGUCCCCUGCUAUAGGGCUCCAGAAAUUAUUUUGGGUCUCCCAUAUUCUGAGGCCAUGGACAUCUGGUCGUUGGGCUGUGUAAUGGCUGUCAUGAUGUUAGACUUUAUGCUCUUCCCUGGAAGAAUUGAAUAUGACACUCUGCGAUUCAUCAAAGACCUACUGGGUCCACCACCUGUCCAUCUACUCAAUGCAGGGCGGAAAUCCAGAGUAUACUUCAUAAGAACAGAUUCAGAUCAGUGGAUACUGAAGACACUCGAGGAGUAUUGGGGACCAACAGUUUAUUCCACUGACAACAGAUUCUACACCUUCCGUUCUGUGGAUGAAAUGACAAAAAUAUGUCUGGAGAACUGCAAAAAGAGAGAAACCGUCGAGAGGAGGGAGUGCAUUGACCUGCUAAAGGCGAUGAUCACGUGGGACAGUAAUGAGAGGAUUAUUCCCACUGAUAUUCUAAACCAUCCUUUCAUUACCAUGAGCUACCUUGACAGGAGCUCCCACCUCAGAUCCUGUGAUGAACCUUCAUUUUCUGCAACAUUUAAACCAAACAUCAGCCAGGCCAAAGAAAGAACCCUGGGUGAUGACAGUUCAGGUGAAACUCUGUCAUCAAAUGUCAUCAUGGUUCGUCCUUCAAACCCAAGGAACACAUUGGGCCUGUCCUCUGAAGAGGACAAUGAAACAAGUAUCCACCUGAAUGCAGUUGCUGCAGCAGCGCUGGGCGCAACAAGGACUCAACAGGACACCACCAGGAUCCAACCAGACAACACAGACCUUCUUUCCACCUACACUGGUGAGACGAAGAAUUGCAUAUUCUCCUGGAGCAAUCUUUGCUCCUGCUGCAACAUAAAUGAUGUGAAGGAGUGAAGACAUCCACAAAGCUUUUGCAAAAAAACAUCAUAAAACUUGCUCUUUAGUGUUCUCCUGCUCAAGCAUUUGUACUGAUCUUUAAAGAGUUUCCAUGUUCUCUGCAUGUUCAAGUGGGUUUUCUCUUCCAAAGUCGUAUGUUAGGUUGACUCUAAAUUGACGGUAUGUUAAAAAAUAUCUUUAAAAAAAGGGUAGUAAUAUGAAUGUUUCAAACUGUUGUAUUGUAAAAACCUGAUUAAAUAAAUGCUGUUCAAUCACGAUACGCACACCUUUUCAACUGUAUAUUUAUUUUAGUCAAACAUUUUCAUUUUAUAAAAAUGACAGC